CUCAGAAUGGACAACGCGCACAGCUUUUAAAUCCACGAGGACAAUUUGUUUUCUUUUUUCACCGCAGAAGAGAUCGGCUCAUUUAGCCACCAAGUAACCAAGUAAUAUGGAGAAAGAUUUCCCAUCAACCCAAACUGCUGUCAACACCCAGGGGUCAUGCCCUGUCCUGGAUGAAGCCCCUCCUCCCUCCCCCAUACAGAUUCCUCCUUCACUCGUCUCCAAUAACCUCUCUGCUGCCCCCUUUCACCCUGCCAAAUCUCCAUCCUCCACAGAAAACACUACAGAGCCCAGGAAAUCAUCUUACUCCUCUCCCCCAUCCGCUCACGCCAUCUCGAAACCGAAGGAUUCCCUGCCUCCUUUAGAGGGGUCAAAGUCUUCUGCUGUGUCCUCUAAACCCACACCUAAAGCUGUUUCCACUAAACCUUCCUCUCCGGCUUCAACCAAAGCACCACUUGUUACUUCUCCUAACUGCUCCACCACUCCAAUCCCCAAAAUUUCAUCCCUUUCCAAGCUCUCAUCUGCACCCUCUACGUCAGCUAGCUCGCUCUGUAACACUCCAGCAGAUUCCCCUGCUUCGUCCUCCACAAUGAAUCCUGCAGCCUCUCCCACCUCCCCCAUGAAACGCACCUUCGCCUCCAUGGCCAAGCGGGUGAUAAUACAGGAAAGACUUAGGAAAGCCGAGGAGGAUGCCAAUGAUGAAGAGGAUGAUGAAGAACCAGAGGAGGAUCUGUCCGUGGAGCAGAUGAAAGAGAGGGCCGAAGCCGGUGAUGCCAGAGCUCAGACCCGGCUGGGUCAGCACUACUUGAUUCUUGCUGAAGAGAAGGACACAGACCUAAAUAAUGGUCUGGCUGUUAACUGGCUGAUUAAAGCCGCCAAACAGGGGAGAAAAGGUGCAGCGAGACUGCUGCAGCGCUGCUGGAUCCAGAGAAAAGGGAUCACUCCAGAGAAUGAGCCCGAUGUGCGCAAGCUGUCGACAGAGAGUAAGUUUGAGCUGGCAGUGCGUAAAGCAGCCAUGAUGAUGUACUGGAAACUCAACCCGGACAGGAAGAAGAAGGUGGCCGUGGCUGAGAUGCUGGAAAAUGUCAGCCAGGUCAAUGCAGUGCAGGGUGGCACUGCGAGCAGGAUUCCUGGCCCAACUUCAGGCCAGACCCAGAAAGUGUUGGAGAGCAUGGUCAGCAAUGAGUCCACACAGUUGGUGGACCUGGAUGACUUUGUUGAGAUGACUAAAAAGUAUGCACAAGGUAUUGUCCCCUCUGCUCCCCAAAGUGGCAGCCAGGCUGCGGCCAAGACGGAAAGCCCUAGGCCUCAUGACAGUGCUAAAGAGCACAAGGCUGAGCUUGUUCCGUCAGGAUACAAGAAGGCCCACAGAAGUUCGUGGAGUUUUGGUCGGAGUGGGAUGAUGCUAGACUCCAAGCAAACGGGCGCCAUGAAGACAGCCAUGGACAUGAAAUCACGCUUAAUGAUGCUGCAGUACCCGCUGCAUGCCAUUGUUGAAAUGAAAGAGCACCUGGUGGACUGGGCGUCGCGGGCCGGGGUCCAGUGGCUGAGCACAAUCAUCCCCACGCAGCACGUCAACGCGCUCAUUUUCUUCUUCAUCGUCAGCAACCUGACCGUUGACCUGUUCGCUUUUGUCAUCCCGUUGCUCGUCUUCUACCUCUCCUUCGUCUCCAUGAUCAUCUGCACGCUACGUGUCUUGCAGAGCAGCAAGACUUGGGAGAACUUCAGGGCCCUGACAUCUCUGCUGACACGUUUCGAACCUGGCCUGGAUGUGGAGCAGGCAGAGACCAACUUUGGCUGGAACAACCUAGAACCAUACCUCUAUUUUAUCCUGUCCGUGUUCUUCGUCAUUUUCUCUUUCCCUGUAGCCGACAAGGGCUGGAUCCCCUGUUCCGAACUCUCCACUGUGGCCAUCUUCUUCACGGCCGUCAGCUACAAAAGCCUCAGUCCUACUGCUGCGACGUAUGCACGCAGAGCAAUGGUCAUAGAGGUAGCAUCAUCUCUGUGCUGCCUGACCCACUUCCUGCCAGAGAACAUGACAUUGCUUCGCUUACUGGGACGCACCUUCGCCACACUGCCACUAGGGGAGUCAGUGGUGCUGAAGCUCAGUCUCCCCUGCCUGUUGUAUGUGUACCUGUUCUAUCUGUUCUUCAGCAUGGCCAGGAUGCGUGGUUUCAGGGGGACUUACUGCUUCCUGGUUCCAUACCUUGUGUGCUUCAUGUGGUGUGAGUUCUCGGUGGUGCUCCUCCAGAGCUCCUCCGCUGUGGGUCUAAUCCGCACCUGUGUGGCCUACUUUCUCUUCCUGUUUGCCCUGCCUGUCCUGGCUUUUGGCCUUGCCGCCAUGCUCCUCAUCCAGCUCUUCAAGUGGUUCCUCGAGCUGGAACUGACAAAGAUGAUUGUGACUCUGGUCGUUUGUGCAAUCCCGGUCACCCUGCGGCUGUGGACACGGUUCAGCAUGUCUAUUCUGGAUGUUGCCCGCUCACUGACCCACCGCGGCCCGGUCAAACUUAUCUUACUCUGCAUUUCCAUGGUGAUCCUGUUGUUCUCUAUCUACGUGUACCAUGCAGAGGGACAGAAGGUGUACAAUUCCACCCUGACUUGGAGCCAGUAUAGCCAUGCGUGCGGCCCACCUGCCUGGGAAACUAAAGGCAUGGCCCAGACGCAGAUCUUCUGCAGCCACCUGCACGGACACAGAGUCACCUGGACUGGGCGUUUCAAGCAUGUCCGUGUGGCAGAGACAGAGAACGGGGCACAGUCAGUCAUCAACAUGUUGCCAGUGUUCAUGGGAGACUGGCUGCGCUGCCUGUAUGGAGAGAGGUAUCCCAAAUGUGAGGCAAAGAACAUGACCAUGGCAAACCUGACAGCUGCCAGUCUGGCAGCUGGUUCUGCAUCAGCUACCGCUUCAGUACCCAUACUGCUCCAAAUGCAAGAAGAGGAAGAGCUGUGUCAGAUCAAGGCUCUGGCGAAAAACACCUGCCACAUCAAGCGCUUUGACAGCUACCGCUUUGAGGUGACGGUAGGGAUGAUCCGGGAUGUGGAGGACCCAGCCAGGGAUAUAAUCUUAAUGGCCAGCCAUGAGUUCAGACAAGUUCUCCUGAACCUGAAUCCUGGCAACAUGGUGGAGUUCAGCACCAAGCUGGAGGGCCGUCUAGGAGCCAGAGCUCCAGCCUUCGAGUUGAAAGCCAUCCACUGUCUGGACUGCGUUUCUUCACUUCUGAGCGGAGGCCGGCAGGUGAAGAUAGAGAGAGACUGGAGACGCACCACAAUGAGAGCCCUGAAGUUCGCAUUUGAUUUUUUCUUUUCGCCCUUCCUGUCGGCAAAAAUCACUGCCUGA